AUGGGUAACUGUUUUCGACUUUUCCUUACAGCGUUCCUUUCGUUCGCAGCAUGCAUUCUUGCCAUAGUCGCAUGCGCAGGGUCUACUAAAAACUACGACCCAAUCAACAAGAUAUAUGAGGCUCAACUUGAUCUGUCGGGUAUCCAGGUCUCGACUGUGCUUCCGGGCGCCGGUUCCGUGUCGCUGUCGUCGCUCGGUUUGCCCUCGUUCGUCAAUCUAGGUGUCUACAGCUAUUGCGUCGGAACUUCGUCUACAGACGUAACAUCGUGCACAUCGCCGAGCGGAAUUCAAGAAUUCAACCUCAAGAAAAUCAUCUACGACAACAUCGACGACAACCAGGUCGCGGGCCUUGUCAACAGCAUCGCAAACAUCGUUUUGCCAGAGCAAAUGCAGAAAAACAUGAAGUACUACAACGACCUUGUCAAAUGCAUGUUUAUCACGCUCCACAUCGGUAUCGUCACCGCGUUCAUCAACCUCGUGCUAAAUCUCGUGCGCUGGAUCCUGCACACUUUCGUGCUUACUUGGUUUGCACGCUUUUUCUCGCUCGUGUCCUUUUUGAGCUUGCUGAUAUCUGCUGGUACCAGCACGGGCACCUACGUCUACAUCAAACACAUUCUCUCGCAGAACUAUGCAGAUUACGGAAUUUCUCUUUCGCUCGGAAGAAACUUUUACGCUCUCUUGUGGGCAAGCGUCGUGGCAGCGCUUUUGAACCUCAUCGCAUGGAUGACGGUUACUUCGAGGCGGUACGCAUACGUCACACCUGUCGACGAGAAGCCUCUCGUAUAA